AUGCUUCCCAAAGUGGUGACCAAAGUGGUGACCAAUGCAAUGACCAAAGUGCUGACCAAUGUGCUGACCAAGGUGCUGACCAAUGUGUUGACCAAGGUGCUGACCAAUGCCAUGACCAGAGUGGUGACCAACGCCAUGAACAACGUGGUGACCAAAGUGGUGACCAAUGUGUUGACCAAGCACCUGAUCAAAUUAGUGGUCACGGCAGCGAUGACAUGGUCACGGCAGCGAUGA